AGCUGGGAGACCAAGGAGCCACACUGGGAGGACCCUCUCCGCAGGAUGUUCUCUCCACCAAAGAACUCCCUGUAACAGGCGAUGAUGACAAUCCUGCUGGGACCUUUGAAAGCACUAACAUUUCAGUAGCCCAGCACCUGUGGGCAGCCACUUAUCCCUCCUUCUCCACACCCUGCCCUCCCAGCACUCACCGUGAUGGUGUAUUAACCAAGAAGAACCCUGCUUCUUUACUCCUCACCCCUCAACUUUCGGCAGCUCUGGGAUUUGUAUGGCAGCAGCGUAACCGUGGAGAGGCCGGGGUAUCACAAACUUAUGGAUUUUGAUAAGAGAGGAGGGAAAGGGGAGCUGGAGGAAGGUAAAAGGAUGUCCAAGACAGGUGGAGGAAGGAGCAGUCAUGGAAGCCGGAGUGCUGGAACCAACUCGGGAGUCUUAAUGGUGGGUCCCAACUUCCGGGUCGGCAAGAAGAUUGGAUGCGGCAAUUUCGGGGAGCUCCGUCUAGGAAAGAACCUCUACACGAACGAAUACGUAGCUAUCAAAUUGGAACCCAUAAAAUCCCGGGCGCCCCAGCUGCACCUGGAGUAUCGGUUCUACAAACAGCUCGGCAAUGCAGAAGGAAUUCCUCAGGUUUACUACUUUGGCCCCUGCGGGAAGUACAACGCCAUGGUGUUGGAGCUGCUAGGACCCAGCCUAGAAGAUCUCUUUGAUCUGUGUGAUCGGACCUUCACGCUCAAGACCGUCCUGAUGAUCGCGAUCCAGCUGAUCACACGGAUGGAGUAUGUCCACACCAAAAGCCUGAUCUACAGAGACGUCAAGCCAGAGAACUUCCUGGUGGGGCGGCCGGGCAGCAAGCGGCAGCACACAAUCCACAUCAUCGAUUUUGGCCUGGCCAAAGAGUAUAUUGACCCCGAGACCAAAAAACACAUCCCCUACCGAGAGCACAAGAGCCUGACAGGGACAGCACGCUACAUGAGCAUCAACACCCACCUUGGGAAAGAACAAAGCCGCAGGGACGACCUGGAAGCAUUAGGGCACAUGUUUAUGUACUUCCUCCGCGGGAGCCUUCCUUGGCAAGGCCUCAAGGCUGACACGCUAAAGGAGAGGUAUCAGAAGAUCGGCGACACCAAAAGAGCCACUCCGGUGGAGGUGCUCUGUGAGAACUUCCCAGAGGAGAUGGCCACGUACUUGCGCUACGUGCGGAGGCUGGAUUUCUUUGAGAAGCCUGACUACGAUUACCUGCGGAAGCUCUUCACAGACUUGUUUGAGAGGAACGGUUACGUGUUCGACUAUGAAUACGACUGGGCAGGGAAACCACUGCCCACCCCCAUCGGCACGAUGCACAGCGAGGUGCAGGUGCAGCCCCCAAACAGAGACAAAGCACAGCCACACACCAAACACCAGGUGAUGAGCUCCACCAACGGAGAGCUGAACACGGAUGACCCGACGGCAGGACAUUCGAAUGCCCCCAUCACAGCCCCCACCGAGGUGGAGGUGACAGACGAUACAAA